AUGGAAAUGAAAAGGCCACCACACUGCUCUCUCUGCUUCCUUCCACUGAUGGCUGCUUUUUCUGUGACCACCAACACUUCCCCAUCUUCAUUCCUUCUUCAACAACACCACUCUUCAUCUUCACCCCAUCUACUUGGCUCACUGCCACAUAAUGGGAAAUUUGGGAUUUCCGGGAUGCUUGGACUCCGACCAUUUUCCUUCAACUGGAGGAGUCUCCAACGGUUGCCCCUUAUAUUGUUUGUGUUAUAUGAUACUCUUAUUGCUGAAGCUGUGAGUAUGUUUGAAUCUAAAAACAGGAGAAAUUUAAUGUGUUCAGUCAAUAAAGAUGCCGAAGAAGCAACUGUUGAAACUUAUAGUCCAAUUGAUGUGCUCGGAGGAACAAAUUCUUACCAAGAUGGAAGUAGAAUUAUUUCCACGGUGCGGGAUAUAAGUAUUGAAGCCUGGUCCCAAUUUGCCAAAAGAGUCUCUGGUGAGUGGGAUGGAUUUGGAGCAGACUUCAGUGAUGAAGGAAAGCCAAUUGAACUACCAGAGUCAGUGGUACCUGAAACAUACCGCGAAUGGGAGGUUAAAGUAUUUGAUUGGCAGACUCAGUGCCCCACUCUUGCUGAACCAGAGGAACGUGUUCUUCAAUACAAAUCCGUUCAGUUACUUCCAACUGUAGGAUGUGAGGCUGACGCUGCUACACAGUACAGCGUGGAUGAGAGGAAAGUGGGAGAAGGAAAUAGUGGACUUACUGCCUUUGCUUACCAAUCCAGUGGUUCUUAUGUUGCUAUCUGGAAAAAGAAGGAUAACUUACUAGAGUUGGAAUACUGCUUGAUCAAUCCUCAAGAUUGUGAAUCUCGAGUUAGGUUUAUUCAGUUUGUAGAUGUAUUAAAUAAUACAGAGAUGGUGCUACAGGGUAUUAGAGUGUUUCGUGAGCAGUGGUAUGGGCCAUUCAGAAAUGGUGAUCAACUAGGAGGUUGUGCUAUCCGUGAUUCUGCCUUUGCUUCUACAGCACCCAUGAUUGCUUCUGAUGUUGAUGGUAUUUGGAAGGGAUCUAAAGCUGUUGCCACUUUUGGCACUACAAAUACUGAGAUAUUUCAAGAGCUUUUUGGUGACAAAGUACAGGACUCUGUCAGAGAUGGAGACAGCAAUAUAUUACUUCCUAAGAAGCUGUGGUGUUCACUUAAACAAAGCAAGGAAGGUGAAACUCUAACUGAAGUGGGAUGGCUUUUAGAUCAUGGACAGGCCAUCACAUCAAGCUGCUUAUUCUCAAGCACCGCAAAGCCACAGGAAAUAUCAGUAGCAUUAGAAACUAGAGCCUUGGAAUAUGCAUAG